AUGUUCAAGCUGACGACGAAAAUGCCAGAUAAAUUAUUAUUAAUGUUCCUCUCGAAAAGAUUUCUAUCGACUCCUGUGCUACAAGUAUUGUCUCUCGAUGCUAGAGGAACUCUUAUAAAAUUGAAAGAAAACUCGGGGGUUGUAUAUUCACGGUUUUCCAAAUACGAAGGGCUUGAUAUUGAGCCAUCCAAUGUUGAACAACAUUUUAUUAAAAUUUAUAAGAAGUUAUGCAAAAUUGAGCCUUGUUUUGGAGCUAAAACUAUUGGAGCACGUGAUUGGUGGAAGAAGUUGGUUAUAGAAACUCUAAACCAAAGUUAUGGUGGUUCAUAUCCUAAAAGCGAGAAAAUCGCCGAGCAACUUUUUGACUAUUACUCCACAAAAGAUGCGUGGGAGCUAAUUGAACCAAAUAUAAGACAAACACUUCAAAAAUUUCGCCUGAAAGGAAUAAAUCUCGUUGUUACAUCUAACUUCGAUAGUCGUUUAAAAAUCAUGGACAUGUUUCGUAAACCGAAAAAACGGAUGGUGGCUUCGCGUCAAAGAGAGGAAACAAAUUCGGGUGAUGAAGUAGACGCAGUUGUGGAUGUAAAAGGAAUUCGGAAAAGAAAACGCUUGAAUCCGAUGGUCCAGUCGACAAAAAAGCAAGAUGACUCUAAGCGAGACUCCUCUUCUGAUGGUGGUAGUAGCGAUUCUGACGUAGCGGUUGCGGAGCAUUCAUACGCCGCUUCUGGGGAAGCCGGACCAUCAGGCCCUCGAGAUCAAGGAGCAACAGCCACUCUAGACAUUGAUACUGAUCGCUCCAUAGAUGCUCAAGCUCAAUUCGAACGAGUUCAGCAGCAGUUGAAGGAGGGCGUGGAGAAGGAUGGUAAAAUUUUAUACAAAGGAGCUGCAUUGUAUGGUGCUAAAGAAGCGAAAGAUACUGUAAAAGGAAACGCGUCGAGUGGUUUGAAUAGAAUAGGGCCAGUGCGUGCUCCACAGUUUCUACGCCAAACGGUGAGAUGGGAUUUUGCGCCGGAUAUCUGUAAGGAUUAUAAAGAAACCGGAUACUGUACAUUUGGUGAUUCGUGUAAAUUUGUUCACGACCGAUCAGAUUACAAGCAUGGAUGGGAAAUUGAUCAAGAAUUUGAAGAAGGGCGCUAUGGUCAAGAAGAUGAAACGAAUUAUGAAAUACAUGAAGAUGAGGAUGCUUUCCCUGAAGAAUGCUACGUCUGCGGAAACGAGUUCGUGGAUCCAAUCGUUACGAAAUGCAAGCAUUAUUUCUGCUCAGAAUGUGCUUUGAAAACUUUUCGCACUACCUCAAAAUGCCCAAUAUGCAAUCAAAAUACUGAAAAAAUCAUGAAUGCUGCUAGGGAUUUGAUUGCGCAUUUGAAAAAGAAAAAAACACAAGUCAAAGAGGAAACCAGUAGUAGUGAUGACGAAAAUAAAACGGAUGAGAAAGAAAUGGAGCCGACUAAAUCUAAUUCACCCGUUGAAGGAAAUGAUUCUGUUGAGCACGAAGACGACAAUUUAAAAGACGUAGAAGAGACCGCUGAAGACCCGGAAACGGAUAUUGUAAUGGAAGAUUUGGACGGGCUUGAUGGUGGAGAGGAUGGAGGAUCCGGAAGUGAUAGCAACUGA